AUGAAUGAGCUAGAAGAUUUACCUAAAAAAGGAGAACCUAUCAAACAAACAGUUUCGACGCAGUACCCUAAAAUUAAAGAUCGUUCUUUUCAAGCAUCAUGGUUCCACGAAUAUAAGUGGUUGAUGUAUUCGGUGGAAAAAGACGCUGCCUUUUGUUAUGCGUGUAUGCAAUUCAAACCAUCAGGAAUGAAAGAUGUUGCAUAUACUUUGAGUGGCUUUAAAAACUGGAAAAAUGCUAAAGAUGCUAAAAGAGGUUUUCCAAGACAUGAAAAGACAGGAUCGCAUGUUGAAGCUAUGAUUAUGUGGGAAGAAAAAAAGAAUCGACAAACUUCAAACACAGAAAUUUCAACUAUUGUCAAUGACAAAACCCUUAAAAAACACAGAUAUUAUUUAAAAUCGAUUUUCGAAGUCGUUCAAUUCCUGGUGAUCAAUGAACUUUCAUUUCGCGGAUCCUAUGACAUUGAUGAGAAAGCUGAACGUGGAUUAUUCAUUAAACUUUUCGAGUUCGCAUUGAAAAAAGACAGAUUUUUAGCUGAAUGCAACGAAACUAUACCAAAUAAUGGAAAAUACACGUCUCCAGAAAUACAAAAUGAAAUCAUUCAAAUCAUGGCGGAAUCUGUUAGAGAAUCAGUAGUUAUUGAUGUGAUGAAAUCUGAUGUUCCAUGGUUUACGCUAAUGGAAGAUGGGACCAAAGACAAAAACAACAGAGAAAACAUAGCUAUCGCUAUUAGAUACGUAAAGGAAGGAAAACCUCGAGAAUCUUUACUCAAUAUUAUCACAACCAAGGAAUUGGACGCUAAAACAUUUACCGAGAAAACUAUUGAAACAUUGCGUGAGAAUAGCAUCGAUCUGUCACGUCUUCUGAGUCAAUGCUAUGAUGGAGCUAAUGUGAUGAGUGGUAAAAAAGGAGGUGUCUCUGGUCUCUUGGAACAACACCUUAAUCGUAAAAUUCCUUACAUACACUGCUUCAACCAUCGUCUCCAUCUCGUCGUUGUAAAAGCAGUGUCUGACAAUGAUUCUCUGAGGGACUUUUUCGACAUUUGUGUGAUGCUACAUGAAUUUUUUCACCAUCCCAAAAUUUCUUCUUUAUAUGAAGGACAGACCAUUGUACGAUUGCUACCGCAACGAUGGUCCGGUCAUUUUGCAAUUACGAAGGUGGUGUCAUCAAACUACUCUGAAAUCAAUCGAGUGCUGGAUCAAGUAGUCACCCAGUCAACACUGUUCAAUGGAGAAGAUAGAGCAAAGAUUUUUGGGGCUCUUACAUCCAGCGGAUGCUGCAAUGCAGUCACGGACAGCGAGCCUGAAAGUCGGGCUUGA